AUGAGCGGCAACCAAGCUUUGAACGUGAACACCAACACUCAAAAUGGCAAGCACGUCGACAUUGCCAUCACCGUCCGCGGCUCCGACUGGUACUGGACGGUAUGCGCGGUGAUGACCUGCGCGACGUUUGCCUUCAUUGGCCUCGGCCUCACCAAGCCCCGCACGCACCGCCUCUUCCAUUACAUCACCGCCGCCAUCACCAUGGUCGCCGCCAUCGCCUACUUCUCCAUGGCCUCCAAUCUCGGCUGGACGCCCAUCGACGUCGAGUUCCGCCGCGCCAACCCCAUUGUGCACGGCGUGAACCGCGAGAUCUUCUACGUGCGCUACAUCGACUGGUUCAUCACCACUCCGCUGCUCCUGCUCGACCUGCUCCUCACCGCCGCCAUGCCCACACCCACGCUCAUGUUCGUCAUCCUCGUCGACGAGAUCAUGGUUGUCACCGGCCUCGUCGGCGCCCUCGUCAAGUCGUCGUACAAGUGGGGCUACUUCUGCUUCGGCUGCGUCGCGCUGGCAUACAUUGUCUACAACCUCGCCUGGGACGCGCGCAAGCACGCCCGUGUGUUGGGUGAAGACGUCGGCCGUGCCUUCCUCUAUUGCGGCGCCCUGACGACCUUUUUGUGGAUCUUGUACCCCAUUGCCUGGGGUUUGUGCGAGGGCGGCAACAUCAUCUCUCCUGAUUCCGAGGCCGUCUUCUACGGCAUCCUCGACCUCUUCGCCAAGCCCGUUUUCGGCGCCCUCCUCAUCUGGGGCCAUCGCGGCAUCGAGCCCAGCCGCUUGGGCAUUGAGAUCAGGGACUACACCGGUGACGACCAUGCUAUCCGUGACGAGAAGCACCACAAGGAAGGCCGCGGGACCAACGGCACCAAUGGCGUCGACGACACCACCGGCGUGUCCACCGGCGUCAGCGGCACGAGCGGUGUCGAUGCUACCAAUGGCCACCAUCACGCGCAGCCGGGCACUCAGACCGUCUAA